AUGCUCCGACCUGAACUCCGACACACGACGACUGUGGCGCCUGUAGCGCUGGCCGGCACAAAAGUGCAAGGAUCCAUUGCCGAGGAGAUUGUGCUUGUGUUGGUGAUCAGCCUCAUGGUGAUGCUGUGGACGGUGCCUCUCUUGAGGCCCUUCCGAUAUUGCUGUGAGACCAGGCUUCACAAGGUCUACCCCGUCAUCACAGUGUUGAACCUGCUUCUCCUAGCGGUCACGUUGCAUGCGCUAAAAACCGUCACCUUCAACGACCUCUUCUUUGCUAUGGUCAACGGAUUCGAGGAUGCCGUCGAGAAGACCGAGCAGGAGGAUGUUUGGGCGCCUCCGGUGAAGCUAAGGUUCAAAGAUCGCGUUUUCGAGGUCCUGGGUGUGGAGAAUGCAGCUUCAGUCUUCGGCGAUUUCCGUGACUGGGCCACCUGCUGGUCCAUGAAGCGCUUUCACCCAGUAGAACUGUUCAUCUGGAAGGUCGAAGGGCUUCCUUCUGCUCGUCUGCACUCGCUCAACGAUGUCUUUUGCGAAGUCUCACUGGGCUACAACAUGACCAUGAAAACAAGGGUGCAUCACCGAGCUGGGCACUCCUGCGUUUUCAAGGAGACCCUCCAGCUCAACUUCGACCCGUACGAUUCGCAACACAGAUUGACGCUGAGCAUCAAAAGCCAGGAAGUUGUCGGGGCGGCUGAGAUCGUGCAGUUGCAGUUGGGUGCGGAGCAGGUGAGGCUGCUGGAGGAGCCCGCGUCGAAAGAUCUUGGCUCUGGCAGGCCCAUUGGCUGGGGCAGCAAAGCUGAUCCAGCAGUUUGGGCACAAGAGAACUUCAAGUGUAUGGACUUGGUCAGGAGCUUGAGUUGCAUGAUCACAUUGGUAGAGGCACAGACAUCAGAUUGA